AUGGCAAAGGCAACACUUCCGGUUCCAGACAUCGCGGCCGAGGAUGGAGACCAACUCCCGACGCUGCUUACGCCCCGUAAGCGCCAGCUCUUGCUGGACGCCAAGAUGGCAGCAGCGAAGACCGAGACCACCUCGCACUCCAAGCCGAAGCUCCAGGAGCGGCGCCCGGGCUUCCGGUCCGAGCCGCUGACCCUCCAGCCCGGCUUGAAGUUCUAUUCUCCGCCGGUGGAGGAGAUCCCGGACGUUCCUGAUCCGGAAAGCCGACGGCACCGGCUGGCGAAGGGUGGCAAGGAGCCGGAGACUGUAGUCUUCGAACGUUUGUCCUGCUGUGAUGUGGUGGCACAAGAGUGGUCAGCUUUGCAAGGGCUUUGGCGCCAGCUUCGGAGAGAGGUGGCAGAGGCACGGACAGCAUCAAUUCAUUCCGCUUCCACGGCAUUGGAGCAAGCAGCCGGAGACAUCACGGAAGAUGCAGGCUCUGAAGGCGGGCUGUAUGGCAGCAGGAGUGCGCGACUGCCUUCAGGCGAGGAGGACGAUGCAGAGGGCAGUCACCACGGCAGCCGGCGGGGCCAGAGGAAUCUGCCGCCAGCCUCGGCCUGGAGCGAGGACGGUAAGGCCGGACGCGGAGGCAGCGGAGACCCUUCUGGCCUGGCGCGCGCAGCGCAGCGCUUGGCGAAGUUGGAGGAGGAGCUGGAAUUGCAACAGCAAGAGCUGAAGCGGAACCACCAGAUGGAACACGGAGAGGAUGGUGGCGUGCUGCUGGUCGGACAUGCCUUGCUCCAUCAACGUCAGUUGGAGAAGCUGGCGGCGCAGCGAGACAUCUGCCGAAAGGAGCUGCAGGAGCUGCUCGAGGCUGCAUCAAGGGAAGGCUGGUCAGACGAGCAGCUGGCCGCAUGCGAGAAGCUGGCGGCACGCUGCCAAGACUUGGACCACGCCCUGCGCUCGUGCACGGAGAAGUCCGCACUGCUCAGGGAGGACGCGCAGAAGGUCUUGACCUCCAAAGGAGGCUCCUCCGCCUUUGGAGCAGCAAUUGCUGCAGCUUUCAAUGCGAGCGAUGCGGAGCUGCAAGCAGCCUUGUCGGAAGCUCUCCGGCGUAUGGCCAACUUUGAGCAUGACUUGGAACAGCAGCGGGCUGCAUUGAAGAGGCGUCGCAAGAAAGAGCCUGGAGCGAUGGCAGACGAUGAAAGCCUCACCGCACUCGUCGUCGAGAAGGGCCAAGCUCUCGCUCAGUGCCAGGACUUUGCAGAGAAGAUGCCAGCGCAAGCUUGGAACCUGAUCGUCUCCACGUGGCACGGGAAGCUGACCGACGGCUUAGAACGCUUGGCCAUGCGCGCGGAUGUUGAGGGAGUUGAGGACUCGUCAGAGGACGAGGAUGCCAGGCAGCGCCGGAGGUUACUUGUGGAUCGAGGGGAGGCUGUAGACCCAUCAGCAGCACUCCAAGAAGCUCGAAGACGCCUAGCCCAGCUGGCCGAGGAGGCAGAGCGCCAGCGGCUCGGGCUGAAGCGCCGGCAGCGCCGUGCACGCGGGGAGGAGGGCAGCGACGAUGACAGCUCCCUUGAAGAGCAGACAUUGAGGUCAUCUGCCAUCUCUGCCUGGGGUGAUGCUGCAGGGAAGAGUGGGGAGAUCGAGCGUCUCAAGGCAGCUCAGAGGGGGAUGGGCCGCUCAGCCUGGACGGAUGACCCAGCUGCCUCCCCCGACGACUUCUACCCAUCUUCGCUGGCAGAGGCUAAGCAACGUCUCGCCGGCUUCGAGGAGCAGCUUCGAGCCCAGCAGAAGUCACUGCGGCGCUUGGAGCAACAGAAGCGGAGCGGUCAGGCGGAUGAUGUCUUGCUUGCAGAGCAUGCUUUGCUGAACCAGGGUGCCCUGGAGGCCUUGGCAGCUGAGCGGGGCCGCUGCCGGCGACAACUCCAGAAGCUCUUGCAGGUGGCAGAGGCUGAGGGCUGGUCAGAAGACCAGCGAGCAGCCUACGACCAGCUGGUGGCGCAAUGUCAGCGGUUGGAGGAGUCCUUCAAGUCGCUGGACCAGACAGCAGAGAUGCUGCAACAAGGCACCGAGGAGGCCGUCGCUGCCCCUGGCGCCACAUCGGCGAUCGAGGCGCUCAAGGCCGCACUGUCGGGCAAAGUCGACGAUCCGGAACUGCGCGCAGCCUUGGAUGUUGCCCUGAAGCGCCUGGCCAGCUUUGAUUCGGAUCUGGAGCAGCAGCGUGCGGCCUUGAAGAGGCGGCGAGUCCGGUCGUCGAGCUCUACAAGCGAUGCCACGGAGCUUUCUGCGCUGGUGGAGCUCAUCGACGGGCGGAGCGGGGCCUUGUCACAGUGCGAAGAUUUCGCCCACAAGCUUCCGUCAGAGCUGUGGCAGCUGAUCUUGUCCUUGUGGAGAGGGAAGCUUACAGACGACCUGCGGCACUUGCUGGAGACAAUCCUUGGCCCAGAUGUGGUGCAGGACGAUGCCUCUGAAGAUGGUGGGGAUGGAAGACGGAGCAGGCUAGGCUUCAAUCGGGACGAGCCCGUCGACACAGAUGCAGCUCUGAGAGAAGCACGGCGCCGUCUGAUGCAGCUUGCCGAGGAGGAAGCGCGGCAGCGAGCGAGGCUGACGCGGCGUCGGAAGCCGCAGGGCGAGGAGCAG